AUGUCUGAUAUAAUUAAAAGUGAUAUUGAAAAAAUUGAACGCGCUUUGAAUAUUCGUGUUGAUGAUGUUGAAAUUGAAGCUGUAUUAAAUGCUGCAUUUCCACAACCCAUUCCAAAAAUCUUCACUGGCAACGACAUAAAGAAUGAAGAUCUUGAUGAAACUGUGAAUUGUUAUGAUUUAGUCAAAGAUUUGAACACUAUUUAUCCUCAUAUUGAUCAAUCAUCUCUGCUAGCGUUUACUAAAGCACUUAAUUUAUCUUAUCAACGAAACUUAUUUCAACUAUCAAAAUAUUUUCAAUCAGCUGAAGUUUCCUAUAAAUCAAAUCAAUCAGUAAAUGAAAUUAUUCCGACAAAAAUAUUUCAUAUUAAUAAUGAUUAUAUUUCAAGUCAUUUAGCAACAAAUAAUGAAUCAAUACAAAAUAUUCGUAGAAUGAUGCAGCGUGAAGAAAAAGCACGUCUGAGUUCAAAUGAAAUAGUUAAAAAAUUAAUUGAAAAUAUUGCGAAAAAUAUUCGUUUAAAUAAACAAAAUCAACUGAUUGAAAAAAUUGAAACUCUCGAAAGAUCAACAGCUGAUCAAAGCAUUCGUAAUAAAAAAAUUGAAUUGAUUAAAAAACAACUUGACGAUUUAAGAGAUUUAUCAAAUAAAGAAUUAAUCGACGAAGAAAAUAUCGAUAGUUUUAUUGAUUGGACAAACAUUUGUCAAAUACUAAUGAACAAUCAAUAUACAGAGAAAUCUUGUAAAAAUGCUUGGCAACAAAUAUGCUUACCAUUAAUUCAUUCAAAUGCAAGUUGGUCAUCAGAAGAAGAUCAAUUACUUGAAAGUUUAGUACAAAAUUAUGGUUCAUUUGCUCAACAAUGGAAUAUCAUUGCUUCACAUUUUCCUCAACGUUCAUCAUAUACGUGUGCAAGUCGUUAUAUGUUUUUAGAAAAUUCUCGUUUAAGUAAAAUGAAAUUUUCAAAAGAUCAAAUACAAGACGUAAAAGAAAUAAUCGAGAAGAAUCGUGAUAAUAAUUAUAUAUCAUUAAAUAAAGUUGCCUAUCAAAUGGGCUUCAGUCUUUCAACCAUCCGUCGAGAAUGGCGCAAUAUCGAUCCAAAUGUUAAACGCGGCGUAUGGAAAUUAGAAGAAGAUCAAAAUCUUCUUCGAAGUGUAUUAAAACAAUCAAAUCGUACUAAAAUAAAUUGGAAUCUAGUCUCGAUAGAUGUAAUUGGUCGUUCACAAACAAAAUGCUACCGAAGAUUUAUUCAUUUAACAAAAAAUAAUCUAAAAAAAGAUUUCCAACCAGAAGAAGAUCAAUUAUUAAUUCAGCAACAUCAAAUUAAAAAUGGUCGUUGGUCGGAAAUUCAAUUGUUAUUUCCUGGACGAUCAUCUUAUUCAUUACAAAAUCGAUGGAAGAAAUUAAAUGAGUAUAAAAAAAUCAAUGAAUUAUUUUAUAGUCAACAAUUAAAUAUGCAAUUAUUUCUUUUAAAGCAGUAUCCAGCAAAAAAAGAAACAGUAAAUAAUAUAAACAAUAAUAAAUAUGAUUCACCAAAUAUUGAAUUAAGUUAUAACCAAUUAAAAUUUUUAACAUCAAAUGAUUUAUUUAAACAAUUUUGUAAUGAAGUCGAUUUAAAUAAUUUAAUCAAUAAAAUUGGUAUCAGAUCUUUUAUUAAUAAAUUAUCAACAUUUAAUAAUAUUCAACAAAUUAAAGAUUUAUUUAUUUUUCAAUAA